GUCUGUCCCCCCCUGCAGCACCAGAAUGGGAUGUAUGGGCUGCACCAGGACGUGCACCACUUCAACUCCUUCGACAGCGUGCAGAGCCUGCCCCGGCUGCUCAGCCAAGCCAGCAUCCGGACAGGGAUCAUUGGGAAGAAGCACGUUGGGCCUGAGGCUGUCUACCCCUUCGACUUCGCCUACACAGAGGAGAACAGUUCAAUCUUGCAGGUUGGGAGGAACAUCACUCGAAUCAAAACGCUUGUCCGGCAGUUUCUGCAGAGCCAGGAUGAGAGACCUUUCUUCCUCUACGUCGCCUUCCACGACCCCCACCGCUGCGGGCACUCCCAGCCCCAAUACGGAGCCUUCUGUGAGAAAUUUGGCAAUGGAGAGAGUGGCAUGGGCUGGAUCCCUGACUGGAAGCCACAGCUCUACCACCCAGAGCAAGUGCAGGUCCCCCACUUUGUCCCCGACACGCCGGCCGCCCGGGCGGACCUGGCAGCCCAGUACACAACCAUCGGGCGCAUGGACCAAG